GCGAAUGGUUGUUCGUCUAGGUGAGCCUUGCGAUUGGCUGGCAACCAGUUCAGGGUGGGAUAGGCUCGGGGACGCCCGCGACCCUUGUGAUGAUAAACAGACGACAAUAUGGAUGGAUAUCAAAUAAUAUUGGAAAAAUUAAAUUCUGCAAUCCCAUUGCGCUCAACCAAUGGUUGUCGGCGGAGGCGUGGCUAUGCAAACGAGCUAAGACGAAAGAAGGACCGCCGACGUCAUCGCCGGCAUUGCGAAAGACGACGUGCCGUAGUCUGAACCGUACGCCAAAGCUGACCCAGGCACUUUCUGUACUCUUUACAUGGCGUCGACAUGCCCCAAGUGUGUCAAGCCGGUGUUUUUUGCGGAGAAGGUUUCUUCCUUAGGCAAAAACUGGCACAAGUUCUGUUUGAAAUGUGAACGAUGUAACAAAACGCUGAAUCCUGGUGGCCACGCUGAGCAUGAGGGGAAGCCAUUCUGCCACACACCGUGCUACGCUGCCCUUUACGGACCAAAAGGAGUGAACAUCGGUGGAGUCGGCACCUACCUUUACGAUGCUCCCACCAACGAGGCCCCGCCAGCUGUCCCCUUGGUAACCAAAGCGCGGGAGGAGAAACAAGUCGCCUCUCUGGGACCAGAGAAGGGUGCCAGUUUCUCUGGAGGGCCAAACGUCUGCGCCGGUUGCAACAAGGCAGUCUACUUUGCUGAGAAAGUGUCAUCUCUGGGAAAGGACUGGCACAAGCCGUGUCUGCGCUGCGAGAGAUGCAGCAAGACUCUGACGGCCGGCGGUCAUGCCGAGCAUGAGGGACGGCCUUAUUGCCACAAACCCUGCUACGGCGUACUGUUUGGACCAAAAGGUGUGAACAUGGGAGCUGUGGGCAGCUACAUCUACGACAACCCCGAAGCUCAACACUGAACACAUGAGAAACAACAAAGCUUUGAUCUUGAAAAUCUCCUGACACUUAGAUCAUUAUGUUCUAUUUCUAAAGCCUUUAAAGAUCAUUAUG